UGCUUCUCCUUCCGGAAAAAAAUUGUUUUGUUCGGCUUUUCUUCUGGACCUUCCAUCAAGCCACGUAGUAAUCCGCCACGUACCAUUGCACUUGUGUGGCCAACAGGCCAACCCACUUUUUGUUCAACUCCAACUACCGGAUAGCAGAUCUUCGGGAGGAUCGCCUCCAUGGCCUUCGUAUCUCCUCCAUGGCCUUCGUAUCUCCUAUCGUCAGCGACUUCCAUCAUCUGUGCUGCUGAACCACUUUCGAUUGCUUCAUCUGGUCAUCCAUCAAUCGGCAUCGUCAUCUGUGUUACACAUUGUUGUGGAUCGAUAAGUUGCGACCAUGGUCUCUCCCACCCUGCCUCCACUGCGACUACGGCUGGAAGAGAGAAGGCUCCAUGAUACUGCUGCCAUGGACCCUGCUAAUAGCCCCACGAAAAGCACGUCUGUGAGUGUGCCGCGAAAGCUGGGCAAUAGCAGUGGAAAGUGUGUGAGGAAGGAGCUCCUCUACAAACUUGGGUUUGAAAACCACUCGCAGAGUGCUUUUCCCACUCUUCCAUCCAACCGAGAACCUUCUCGUGGAUCCUUGUUGGGACAAGUCCAACCGACCACGGAACCCCUCAAGUACGAUCCCAACUUUGAUAAGAUCUUGGCGGAGAAGAAGCAGCGGGCUCGAGAACGAGCUUCGGGUAGCAAUGGUGUCUUUUCGGCAUUGGGCGCUCUCUUUGCUGCGACCCCACAAUCUACAACUAUUACCACCACGGCCACUCGAGACGACGUCGAGUCCAUGAAACCCUCGUCUCUGUCGUCGAUGGAUACCGAGUUGUCCUCCGACGAAAGCCGUCGAAGCAGUUCGUCUUUGUCGAAUAAUAGUAGACGUCCCAGAGGUUUGUCGUUCAACGACCAAGUGACGGUCGUGCCAAUCCCCAAACGAGACGAAUACUCCAAACGCAUACGAGAUCGAUUGUGGGUCAAUGCCAGAGAUCUACAAGCCCAAGUAGCGCGCAACACCGUCGAGUUCGCAUCGGAAGGUUGGGAUUGGAAGGCCGCCUACGAGGAUGAUGCCAUGUAUGUGUGUGCUGUGACGGGAGAAAAGGUUCAUCCGGUCCAUUGUGAAACCGAUGACCAUUAGCUGGCUAGCUACAAAGAUUGGAGUGCCGGUCUGUCUACACUUGAAGGACGUGAACAGGGUGCUUCCUCUUCCUCUUCCGAUUUGAUUCAAUUUUGAAACCUUUUGCGAAGCUGACAUAUUGUUGAUGAUGUGGCGGCACUGUCAGCCCUAUAGAUACAGAAUGCAUCGUUAUACGAUACACAGGAUUAUAAUAAAUGAAAUUAGAGAAUACAUGAUUUUGAUUUGC